AUGAUGGUAGAUAAUUCAGGAACAAAGAUUAGUCAACUGUGUGUCGUAGCAUUGAUUGGUAAAAGUACAUUAUUCGAACAGCAAUGUAAUAAAUCGUGGAAAUUCAAUCAACUUAUUCAAACUCCGGCAUUUAAAGAACAUGUGAUUACUAAUACUGAAGAUGAUUUUGAACACUAUUACGAUCAUAUCAAUAAUACAAUCUACGUUCAUCUGCGCUCAUUUCAUGACACAUAUCAAUUGUUGAAUUUAAUUGAUAACAUUCAUGAGGAUACAUCGAUGCAAAAUUUUGCACAAUUAUGGGAGAAUAAACAAGCAAAUUUUAUUAAGAAAUGCUUGAUUUGCUUUCUAUUAUCGCAUAUUAUAGUUAUUUCACAUUCGUCACAUACAUUCGACUUGAACUAUUUACGUUUCUUUCGUAUUAUCGAACUUUUAAGACAUAAGAGUAAACCGGCAGUUCUAGAAGCUAUUCGAUCACUGAAUCUCUUGAAAGAUGCAGAUAUUUUUCUUAACGAUGGACGACUUUGUGUACCACGUGCAUUGUUUAUUUUCGAAAAUCACCAUAAGGGAAAUGAUGCACCGGGCAACAACGAUCGAGAUGAUGAUCCAAAAUCGGUGAAUAUGGCACGAAAUUUAGAAAAUAUUAUCUUCAAUGCACUGAGAUGUUCGUAUAUCAUUUCAAAUCAAACAAACUCAGCGUUAUUUACUAUUGCACAUAAACAACCAUUUGUAUUUAUCCAUCGUUGUUAUAAAGAAGCAGCGUCGUUAGGACAGACUCAAAAAUUGCUCGGUAUUCUACAGGAUUUUGUUAAACAAACCAAAGAAUCUUCAUGUAACACCAAUCUGCUCAAUCGUGCUAGUUCUCAACAGCAGGAUGAUUCGUCUGCUUUCAAACGUUUUCUUUUUCGCCAUGUCGAAGAAGCUCUAACGGACGGGUGGUCCAAUGAUGGCAUUUCUGGUGGUGCUCGUAGUGAAUCAUCAUCGUUUGAAUUAUGCACAUAUACAACAUGGACACGACUGUUUAACUCUCUUCGUGAUUUAUUUGAAUCAUCGAAUAAAGCUUUGCGACAGGCGUUCAAUAUGCUCCGAGCAAAUGUCGAUCCCGAUGGAAAGCUAAGCGAAACACGAUGUAAGAAAUGCUUACCAAUGGCUAUUAAGUACUAUGAAGAUGGUUUGCCAUCACGAUAUACAAGACAUUUCCACGAACAACGGUUACAAGCAGCAACGGAGUUUUUUGCGACUUACGCGCGUGGUUCGAGUUAUAAACGUUACGUUCAGCAACUGAUCGAUCAAUGUACGCGACUGUGGCAAGACGGUCGACAACUAUGUGAAGCAAUUAGUUUAACAAGAAAUCCAUGUAAAAAUGAGCUGCAUCGGGUACUUGGUGAAGAAGAUUUAUCUGAAUCUGCGAAUCUGGCACAUCUACCAGUCAGAGCGCACAACAGCAAAGUGCAAUUCAUGGCAGCUAGUAAUUGCGGUCAAAUCUUACAGGAACGUGAAGAUCCAUUCAGUUUGAAGGAAGCGAACUACGAGUUUUAUCAAGAUGUUAAUAAAAUGUUGUCCGUAAAACCGAUCUACUUCGAGUUUCCAAUCUUUCGUGGAACGACUACUGCAACUGAAGCUAUACGAGCUGGUAGCAAGCAGAAAACUGAAGAGAAAAAUGCCAAUCUUGUCAACGAUCUUAGCGGUGCAUCGGAACUCAGUCAAUCAAAAUCAGUAGCGCUGUAUUCGCCCGCGCCCAACGAAGAACAACAGGCCCUUGAUAAUAUCACGGGUGAAAAAACAGAUGCAACACAACUUGUUACAUGUACGGAUGACGUACAGCCUAUUCCCAGUACGACCGAGUAUUUGGAUGGUAUGACACAUUCCGAUAGUCCACCCGGACUAUUACCGCGAUUCAGUUCCUGGAGUUUAUGUUGUAUUGGUCGAGCGUCAGAUUAUGUGUCAACAAAAGGCCUUCAACAACCUGGUUUCUUGACGAAUUUAAAUCAUUUAAUACCAUGGGAUAUAAAUCCGCAUAACAAUCAAGCAUCCACUAAUAAUCCUGGCGGUGGUGGCGCAGCACAGUAUCAUCAACAACGUCCAACAGCCACGCGUAGUUAUAAACACAAUCGUCGGGGUGGUCAGAGUUCGUCAAUUUGGGACGUGACUAUUCGUGCUUAUAUUGGAUGUGAAUAUGAGUGCCCACGCGGUCAUCGAUUUCUAUGUUCAUCUCCGAACCAUGUUAUUCGUGUUGGUCCGACUGGUGUUCCUAAGGAUGAUGGUGCCAAACUAGUACGAUCUGAUAUGCCAUUGUAUACUCCAUGUUCUUGUCGAGUCAUGUCGACUGGUGCACGUGUAUGGGCACAACUGAUGCGUGCCUAUGUUGUUACACCGUCGACUUCUACACCGAUUCAAUGCGUUCUUCAUCCUCAAGUUAUACCAGCUGGCCCGAACAGUCCAACAUUCUUUCCGAGUUACACUCAACCGAUUCACCUCACAGAAGAUUCCAUCUGGGUUCUACGUUUUCCGUACAUAAGAAUUAACCGAGGAUACAAAGCACAGCAAUGCCGCAAGAAGUCAGGUGGCAAUAAGGUCAAUAGUGGAAAAGUAUCGAAAACUAAAAUGAACAAGAAGAAGAAAAAUGCUGGCGGGAGUGGAAAAACUGGCCUUGAAGCUGUACAACAACGGUUAACUACACAGAUUGCUAAAAACAUCGAACAAGAAUGUGCUAGUAAAGUGAAAUCAAAUGAAGGAAAGUCAUUGAGUGUUGUUAAACCUAAUUGA